CUAUCUUUAGUCAGGAAGGUAUUUAUAUCCCCCAGGGAAGGUUUUUUUUCUUCCCCGCUUCGGGGUAACCCCAGAGUCAGUAGCCCCAGGCAAAUCCAGCCCCCCCCCAGCGGCAGCAGCCUCCACCCAUCUGGCUCAUCAUGCCCCCAGGUCCCGAGGUCCCGGUGCAGGUGUGGGUGGAUGGCCAACUCUUCCAGGCCGAGCAGUCGCUGCUGGUGGAGCACUGCGGCUUCUUCCGUGGGCUUUUCCGCUCUGGCAUGCGGGAGGCGCGCGCGGCCGAGGUGCGCCUGGGUGCACUGAGCGCCGCGGGCUUCGGAACAGCGCUGCGGGUGCUGCGUGGGGAGAGGCCGGCGCUGGAGGCCGACGACGAGCUGCUGCAGGCGGUGGAGUGCGCUGCGUUCCUGCAGGCGCCCGCGCUCGCGCGCUUCCUGGAGCACAGCGUCACGUCGGACAACUGCUCGCUGCUGUGCGACGCGGCCGCUGCCUUCGGCCUGCGCGAUGUGCUCCACAGCGCUGCGCUCUUCAUCCGCGAUGGCGCGCAUGAGCUGGUUGCUGAAUUGGAACUGCCCGAGGCCCGAGCCUACGUGGCGGCGCUGCGACCCAGCACCUACGUGGCCGUGAGCACACACACGCCCACACCUGGCUUCCUGGAGGAUGCAUCACGCACCAUGUGCUUCCUGGAUGAAGAGGAGGACGCGUGGCGCACUCUGGCCGCUCUCCCUUUGGAGGCCAGCACGCUGCUGGCAGGCGUGGCCACUCUGGGCAACAAGCUCUACAUUGUGGGUGGUGUGUGUGGCGCCAGCAAGGAGGUAGUGGAGCUGGGCUUCUGUUACGACCCAGAAGGUGGUACCUGGUGCGAGUUCCCCAGCCCGCACCAGCCACGCUAUGAUAUGGCGCUGGCCGGUUUUGAAGGCCGCCUCUAUGCCAUUGGUGGCGAAUUCCAGAGGACACCCAUGAGCUCUGUGGAGUGCUACGAUCCCGCCACAGGCUGCUGGAGCUUUGUGGCCGACUUGCCACAGCCAGCUACAGGGGUUCCCUGUGCCCAUGCGCGUGGUCGCCUCUUCGUGUGCCUGUGGAGGCCGGCAGAUAUCACUGCCGUCGUCGAGUACAUGGUUCAGAUGGACAAAUGGCUGCCGGUAGCUGAACUGUGUCGUUCACAGAGCUACGGCCACUUUAUGGUGGCCCAUCGUGACAGUCUCUAUGUGGUGCGUAACGGGCCUUCUGAUGAUUUCCUGCACUGUGCCAUUGAUUGCCUCAACCUGGUCACGGGUCAGUGGACAUCGCUACCUGGCCAGUUUGUCAACAGCAAGGGAGCACUGUUCACAUCCGUGGUGCGCGGGGACACUGUCUAUACUGUCAACCGUGUAUCCACGUUGGUCUAUGCCAUUGAAGAUGGCACCUGGCGGCUGCUCAGGGAGAAGACUGGCUUUCCACGACCUGGCUCUUUACAGACCUUUCUCCUGCGCCUGCCUCCUGGCACUACUGGGCCUGUGGCCACCGCGUUGCCAGAGUUGUGACCUCGGAAUGACUUCCGAAGACUCGAGAGUCUUCAUGAGCCCUGACUAUGUGAGCCGGGACUGAGGAGCUCUUGGGAACUCCUUUUCCUCUAUUGGGACUCUCGGGUUUCUACUUCCUGGUAGUGUGGAUAUCCAAGAAGUUCCCAGCAACACAGCUGCCGAGGUCCUCAGAUCACUUGGGCUCUGCUGAGAACUGGUGGGUCACAAUCUCAGGGAAAGAGGACUAUUUGGACAAUCCAGGCUUGUAGUCCAAUAGCCAACGACUGAGCUAUGGCUAGAAGUGGGUUAAGUGAUGUUAACCAAAAUGCAAGUGUCAGCACAAUGCUGGGCCUAAUGCGAACUGUCGUUGUCAGCUGAGGUACAGAAAGCCUAGGAAACUCGGUCGUAAUAGAAGUGUCAGAAUGACAAAAAAGGGGGGGUCUAUACAUAAUUUGCCUCCACCCUCAACCUGAAAAUAGCAUGUUAAUUUUAAAAAAUUAAAAGCAGCACAUAAUGCAAUAAAAAGAAUGCUAAAGCAGUCAGCAUGAAAAAGGGAAGAUGAAGAAAGAAUGUGAGUCCAAGAAGUAGGCACAUAUACAAAUGGCAUAGAGGAGACAGGAGACAGUCUAGAGGAGCCGAGUUAGACCACAGAGUCUGAGUCCUCCAAGAGGGAAGAGGGGCAAGACUGGACCAGACAGGUAAGCUCCAGCCUUUAAAGGAGAAGAGCUGAAGAUGGAGGUAUUUAGGCAGUGAGUGAGGCUGGACUGACAGCAGACAAAACUCAGUUGAGCUUGGAGAAAGACUGUGAGAGGGAGCAAGUGUUCCCUACAGUAGUUUUGGGGACUCGAAUAGAAAGGAAGCACUCAGGUGUGAUUCGUUUACCUCUCUUUUUUGUUAUCAGUGUGGGACAGUAGAUUGGUCCCUCCUGACCAGGUUCCUGAAGGUGUAGGGAGCCUGGUCCUGCUGAUCUCAGUGCAUUCCUCCAUCUCUCUCCUAAUCUCUGCUGUGGCCAUUCCCCAGGCCUGUAAAUGUCUGCCCUCUUCCUCUCGCAUUGUCGGCUCUGUUCCCACCUCCUUUCAGCAGGACUGGCUGAUCCAGAUCCUGUUUUCCUGACCUGGCUGCCUGCGUCACUCACUGAUCUCUGUGACAUUCUGUUUGUGCAGCCAUACCUGUAUGCAGAUGAUAAGGGUAGAGGCCCCAUGCAGUUAACUGAGCCGGGCAGAAUAAAAUGAUGUCUUACAAGAAUCACUAGUUAGGGGUCUGCUGCUGCUACAUGUUGUUAAACAACUCCUGUCUUAGAAGCCAUACCCAGAGCUGGGUGGUGGCGGCGGCGCAUGCCUUUAAUCCUAAAAUUUAGGAGGCAGAGGCUGGAGAGGUUCUCUGAGAUCUAGGCUAGUCUGGUCUACAAAGCAAGUUCCAGGACGGCAAAAGCUACAUGGAGAAGCCCUGUCUCGAAAAGCAAAAAACAAAACAAAACUAAAAAGGCAAUACCCAGGCCCAGCUUCUGCUACAAAUGCCUGCUUCAGUCCUCCAGCAUGGCCAUGUGCCCCACAGACUUCCUUCAGUGGUCCUGUAUUGCCUCCAUCCUCCAGGACCCAAGGCAUGCAAAACCCUGGCUUCAGAAGAAGAGAACGCAGCAGUAGCAUGGUACUUCCUGAGCAUAGCGCUGGUGUCAGACUGUCACUUGCUACCUCUUCUCCUAACCUGUGUCCUAAACCUGAAAUGAGCUGCCUUCGGGAGUGUGAAAUUUUCCAGCCUUUGUGAAAGUCUAGUCUGAUGGAUCACAACAAUAAAUCCUGACAUUUGUA